AUGGGGCCCCCAGGCAAUAGGGGAUCAUGGGGCCCCUGUGUCCUUGCCCAAACUCAAAAAAGCCUAUGAAAAAGUAGUGCAUGUACUACUAUAGAAACCGUCCACCCCUGGCUAUAUAAAAGUGUAAGCAGUGGGGGUGCACAAUGUCAAUGAUAUCAAAAGCACUCCCACCCAGGGAGACUGACAACUCAUGGGGCCCCUGGGCAAUAGAGGAUCAUGGGGCCCCUGUGUCCUUGCCCAAACUCAAAAAAGCCUAUGAAAAAGGUACCAGGGGCAUCUCAUGGGGCCCCCUACUGACCCCGGGCCCUCGAGCAGUGCCCGAGUUUCCAAAUGGUCAGUCCACCCCUGCUCCCACCCCUAUGUAUAUGUGCAGCUAUGGGGUGAGUAAUUUCCUGCCCCCAGCUCAA